ACAAUGGCAAACAACCAACUGUAUUUAGUGUGGAAAAUGGUAUUGGUGAACUGCCAAAUGAUGAACAUCCAGAUGCUGUGAAGAAUGAUAUAAAUGUAAGUCACAAUGGCAAACAACCAACUGUAUUUAGUGUGGAAAAUGGUAUUGGUGAACUGCCAAAUGAUGAACAUCCAGAUGCUGUGAAGAAUGAUAUAAAUGUAAGUCACAAUGGCAAACAACCAACUGUUUUUAAUGUGGAGAAUUAUACAGCUGAACAGCCAAAUGAUGAACAACAUCCUGUUGCUAUGAAGAUUGAUACAAAAUCAAGUGACAAUGGCAAACAACCAACUGUUUUUAAUGUGGAGAAUGAUAUGGGUGAACAGCCAAAUGAUGCUAUGAUAAAUGAUACAAAUGUAAGUCACAAUGGCAAACAAACAACUGUUUCUAAUGCAGAGAAUGAUUUGGGUGAAUGUCCAAAUGAUGAACAACCAGAUGCUGUGAAGAAUGACAUAAAUAAGAAAGGUGACAGUUCAAAUGUUGAAAAUCACAAUACAGAUGAAACAGUUGGAUCUGGAAAAAUUAAAGAAGGGACCGCUGUUUGUAAUAUUGAUAUGUUUAGCUGCAGUGAAUGUGAUCAUUGUGCAGCAACUGAAAUGGAGAUAAUGAAGCAUAGAUUGCAACACAGUAUCAGAUCCAAAGUAAAAUGCUCAAUAUGUAGCUUUUCUGGAACUAAAAAAUCUGUUGUUUCACAUGAAGCAGAGGACCAUAGUAAACCUAGAAUGGUGAUCGUUUCAACCGAACCCAAAACAAUUAUAUCAGAAAGUUCAGUCAUAGAAACUGAAAAGAACAUAUAUAAACCUAAACCUACAUCUAGUUUUAAAUGUAGUGACUGCAAUUUUUGUGCAACAUAUUCCCUUGCAUUAGAAAAACACAAACUUCAUCAUAAAUUACCUUCUGCAUACAAAUGCAGGUGGUGCAGCUACUCUGCUAGCUUAAUGUCUACAAGAAGCCAUGAGAACAAAUUGCAUGAAAAAGAAAUUCUGUCAAUAGGUGAAUGUAAAGAAAGUAUUGCACCUGAUAUGGAAACCCCAGAGAAAUACUUUGAUUCUGUUCAAAAGAGGUUUGUUUGUCCUCAUUGUGGAGCCUGCCUUGAAUCCUCUCCAUCUCUUAGGAGUCAUUUAUCAUCGCACAAGCAAAAACCGAAGUAUCAGAUUCUUUCAUGUGAUGUAUGCGACUUUAAAACUAAUGUCAAACAAAAAUUGAAGGAACACAACGAUUUGGAACAUUAUUCCAUGCUUAAACGUUGUGAUGAAUGUGACUACGCCACACUAUUGCAACACGAGUUUGAAUUGCAUAAAACUAGACAUUCUAGUGUUUCAAAAGUAACUUGUUCAAAAUGCAGCUACUCUUCCAGCAAAUCAAAAGUGUACGUUCAUGAAUUACAAGAUCACGAAGUGUCCAUGAAACCUGGAUCAUGGAGAUAUUAUAUGCAAAGUUGUAAAAGGUAUGAAUGCCCUCUUUGUCAAUUUUUCUCAAACUCACAUCACACAUUUCAAAAGCAUCUGACUGGUCAUGAGAGAUCGUUGAAAUAUAAAUGUGAAUUGUGCAGUUAUUCGAGUAGUAGUUCCAAUGUCAUUGAAAAUCACAAACAUUACCACCUAAAUAAAGGGCCCAUGACUACAACAAUGUCAACAACACAUGCAAAGUAUAAAUGUGACAAAUGCGAAUAUUCAGCGCCAACUAUUAAAAGUUUUCAUGUGCAUAAGAAAUGCCAUGAUGAGGGCAAUGGAAAGUUUAAAUGCAAUGAAUGCACAUAUUCUUCUGUGUUUAGUGAAUAUGUAAUUAGACACAUUCAGAUGCACCAUAAGAGUAUGGCAAAUCAGGCACUUAUGGACCAUUCCUAUAUUGCAAGUAAGGUGGUUAAUAAAAAGCGCAAAGACUCAACCCUGCAAAGUCUAAAUCAAAAUACCAAUAUCACAGCUCAAGGAGUAUCAUCUGAUAUCCUAGCAGUGGAAUCAUAUACUGGUGCAUCAUUGUCUGCAGAGAAUGACCAAACAGGUGCAGUAUCCACAGCAAUCAUCACUCAGGUGGACAAUGAUAACAUCGUCCAGGAGAUAGAUAAACUUAAAGCUAAUUCAACGAUAGAUUAA